AUGGACGGAAAGGAUCCGCAUUGGUGAGUCGCUUUUCGGAAAAAGUUUAUGAUAUUUUUGGAUUACGGUAGCUAAGAGUACUGUAGGAUUCCUAGCCUUCUAGAUUUUUGUUGAAAUUUCAAUUUACAGUACGCUUACUGUAGCUACCAUAUUCAUCCAUAACGGAUACGGUAGCUAGAAUAACUGUAGGGUUUGAAGCGUUCGACAAAGAUUUUAGUUUAAAAUCCUACUGUACAUAGGUACCGUAAGAAGAGUAGAAAAGUGUGAAAUUUGACGUUAAACUACUGUAGGCUUACUGUAGAUCCGAUUUUCAGUCAGGCGCGUCGGGUGGCCGUCGCGGCCGUCGUAAUCUCGACGUCGGCCACGAUCAGCGCCAUGAUCGCGCUGCCGAUGCUCUACUCGAUGGUCAUGAACAUUCAGAGCGAAAUCACCACCGAGACCGGAUUCUGCAUGGUGAGUACUGUACUGAUUUACUACUGUAGUCGGGGGUACGGUAGCCACAAUUAUUUUUAGUGGAAAUUUAUUUUUCGAGUUUUACAAGAAGUUUAGAAUAUAAGAAAGUUUCAAACUAGGAGCUAAUUGAAUGGAUUUGAGAGGUUAUGAUGUUUCAAUUUCUUUCUGAAACAGUGCAUUUUUUCAAUAUUCGAGAAAAAGUUUGACUCAGAAUCCGAAUUGUUGACUGAGAGAGUCCCAUCAAGAAUGUUCUUCUUACUAUUAAUUAUUUCAACUCGAAUUUUGCAGAUGCGCUCGCGUGACAUGCUCAUGAACAUUUAUUCGACGGCCGGCCAGAACCGUGUCAAGCGUGCGUGGCAAUUCGGUUCGUGGGUCCAGGAUUCGGGAGUCGGAGGCGGAGCCGGCGGAUACGGAAGCGGUCCCGCCGACUCGGGAUACGGAGCGCAGGGCACGAACAACGGAUACGGACCAGUGGUGAAUGCGGAGCCGGAGCCGCAGUGCUGCACGUGCCAGCAAGGAAAGGCCGGACCACCGGGACCGCCCGGAGACGACGGAAACGACGGAAAGGACGGAAGCGCGGGUGCGGACGCGAAGCACGGAAAGGACGGAGGAGUGGGGCCAUCGGAAGGACUGCAGAGCGAGCCGUGCGUCAUUUGCCCGCCAGGAGCACAGGGACUCGGCGGAGCGCCAGGAGCCAAGGGACCACAGGGACCACGCGGAUCCCCGGGACUCUCGGGAGUCGACGGACGCCGCGGAGAGCCAGGAAUGAGCGGACCAGCGGGAACACAAGGAGAACCAGGACCACAAGGACCGCCCGGAAAGAAGGGCGACGACGGAAGAGUGAUCAACGUGAACGGACCACCGGGACCACCGGGAGCACCGGGACCGCAAGGAAGAACGGGAGAGCGCGGACCGAAGGGAGUCACUGGAUCCGUGCAUCCGGGAGUUCAGGGACCGGCCGGAGAUCAGGGACGCAAGGGAAGAGCCGGACGGAAGGGAGAGACCGGAGGACAGGGACCGAUCGGAUCCAAGGGACCCAACGGGGACUGCUUCCACUGCCCGACUCCAAGAACCCCGCCUGGCUAUUAA